AGGGAAAAACAUGGCGGCUGCUCCAGUUAGUUUGGGGACACAAAUCCGUGAAGAACUGUCCUGCAGUAUCUGCCUGGAGCUGUUCACCAGGCCCAAGGUGCUGCCCUGUCAGCACACCUUCUGUCAGGACUGUCUACAGGACCAUGCAGGGAGGGAAGGAACCAUCCAGUGUCCAAACUGUCGUCAGAAGACCAGGCUACCACCCCAGGGGGUUGCAGGUUUGCCAAAUAAUCAUAUCAUAGCCAAUAUGUGUGAGACCCUCCAACAACAAACUUCACUGUCGGAGGAAACUCUGGAACAACCCCAGUCUGAAAACACGUGCAGCUCUCACCCCUCUGAGGGGAUCAAACUCUACUGUAAACAUUGUCAGAUCCCAAUUUGCGAACAGUGUUUAGAGGAGACUCAUGAUGAUCAUCUCACAACAACCAUCAAAAAAGCUGCACAGCAAAGGUGUUCGACAGUCCAGGAGUUGCUCAGUGAGGGAAGAAACAUCUUGGAAAGUUACUUUGACUUUCUCAAGAGUCUGAGGGAAGAAGAGGAAACUCUCAUUGACAACAAAAAGCAGACACACACGGACAUCCUUCAGGCCUACAAACAAAAGGUGAAAGAACUCAGAGAGGGAAGAGACCACCUCUUGUCCGAAGCGGACAAAAACCACACAAAAAACUUGGACAGAAUACAAAUUGAAAAGGACAGAUUUUUGGCAGAUAUCAACGAACUGUCUGCAGCCUGUGAUCAAGCAGAACAAGAACUGCAGCAGGGAUGGGUCGAGCUCCUUAGUCAGCCAACUGUUUUGACAGAGGUGGUAGGAAAGUACAGACGAAGGGGAGCACCAACUCCUGUACAAACCCAGUCGACAUUCUUUCAGCCGGUAGACACACCAGGACCCAAACUGGGACAUGUCAUGGUCCAGUCAUCUGCUCCAAACCCAACUACAGCAUUACCAGAAUCUAGCAAUGUUGCAGCCAGGGACACAGAUCACCACAAUGGUAACCGAAGACAACGGGAACAGAGGGUGACAUUUAGUAUAAGAGGAUCAUCAGCAACUGGGGGGAUCAGCUAUCUACCUGGUGUUACUGUGUCAGAUGAAGGGGAGAUCUUUAUAGCAGACAAAUGGAACCAGAGAAUCCAAGUCUUUACCCUACAGGGUACGUUUGUCCGCCAAUUCCAAACAGUCGUGUCAGGUGAAGAGAAGAUUGAACCUCAUGAUGUGGCAAUGGACGGGGAGGGGAACCUGUGGGUGGUAGGAAAGUCACGCUAUGAUCGUGAGUUUGCUGUGCAGUACAACAAACAGGGCAAGGUGCUGAGGAAGAUUGACCUAGAGGCGUCACCGUUUGGGUGUCUGAGAGGAGUUGCUGUGGACAUCAGGAGAAACCACAUUCUCAUCACACAAAAUGCAGGAGUAACGGACAUCCAGCCUGGUAAAAUACAGGUGUUCGAGCCAGAUGGGACACUUGUAAGAACUGUGGGUGCGUGUACAACCUGGCUCGGCUGGUUUGCAUCUCUACUGUGGCACCGUAUAAUUAGGAUGAAGUACCCGAUGUACAUCACUGUGGACGGGGAAGGGAACAUUCUCGUGUCAGACUCGAUGGAUAACUGUGUCUAUGUGUACAGAGACGACGGACAGUUUCUGUUCCAGUUUGGAAGUACAGGAAGUGGUGAAGGUCAGCUGAACUGUCCCUAUGGCAUCUGUACUGACAGGGCAGGUAACAUCAUCGUGGCAGACACGGGAAACCGCCGAGUGGAGAAGUUUGACAAGACAGGAAAAUUCCUCAGACACAUCACUACAGACAUGAAGUAUCCACAGGCUGUUGCCAUGUCAACAAAGGGGCAGUUGGUAAUAACUAAUGAUAAUGACAACAGCGUCAGCAUAUUCAAGAACUUCUGAAUCUGGGUUGAUUGAGA